AUGCUGGCGUUCUGCAGGCAGUACCUUGGCCACUACUGCAUCGUCCUGGGGGGAUUCGCGUGCACCGUUACGUUCUUGAGCGGCGGGGCCGACUCCACAAGGUGGCUGCUGGAGCGGCCCGCCGCGCGACCUCUUCCUCUGCUGGCGCCGCGGGCCGCCGCCGCGGGCGGCGCGGGCGGCGCGGGCGGCGCGGGCGGCGGGUGCGACGGCACGGGGCAGAGCACCACGGCGAAGGCCGUGAGGUUCCGGCUCUACAUGUGCAACAUAAACUUCGCGUUUCGCGUGCAGCUCUACGGCCCCCUGAUCAGCAGCUUGACG